AAUCAAGAUGGAUAAAUUUGAAAAUUUACGUUAAAAAAGGAAUUUUUAAAUGAGAAUUGAACUAAUUAUAGAAAAAAUAUGCAUUGAAAUACACAUAUCUUAAUUUUUAGAGCUUUAUUAACAUGCACUUUUCCUAGACUUCUACCUGAAUCAAAUAUGGAAAUAAAACAAGAAGCUAGCGAGACAACUUGUGAAAUAAAAGUGGAUGAGACUGAGACGUGUGUUGGUCCUUUGGAUGCCUUCAAGAUUGAAAUAAAGGAAGAACCUAAGAGGGAAACUGCAUACGAGGAAUUUGCUUAUUUAGACUCCAAUGAAUUUCCAGUAAAAUCUGAAAUAGAACAAGAUGAACAUAAAUUUACCCCCUUUGAAAAAAAGCCAACAACAAAUAAAGAAAGUGAAAGUUAUUCCCAGGAAGAGAACAAAAUGGAAAUUAUUGAAACGUCAAAUUCGUCUCACAAAGGAAAAUAUGCAGGCCUGCAUCACAUCGAAGGAAAAAUGUUAAGUAAAAAUAUGAAAGUUGGGACUCGACAGAAACUGCACAAGUGUGAAAUUUGUUUUAAGCAAUUUAAUAAAAAAAUUAAUUUACAAAACCACUUAAGAGUGCACACUGGAGAAAAACCGUACAAGUGUGAAACUUGUUUAAAGCAAUUUAAUCGAAGAAGUAAUUUGACAAAACACUUGAGCCUGCACACUGGAGAAUCACCAUACAAGUGUGAAACUUGUUUUAAACAGUUUACUGAAGCAUGUAGUUUAAGAAGACAUUUGAAAUUGCACACUGGGGAAAAACCAUACAAGUGUGAAAUUUGUUUAAGACAGUUUGUUGAUUCUGGUAAUUUGAAAAAACAUUUGAGAGUGCACACUGGAGAAAAACCGUACAAGUGUGAAACUUGUUUAAAGCAGUUUAUGAGCUCGAGUAAUCUGAAAAUACACUUGAGAGUGCACACGGGAGAAAAACCACACAAGUGUGAAACUUGUUUAAGGCAGUUUAGUACGAAAAGUGAGUUGAAAAAUCAUUUGAGAUUGCACACUGGAGAAAAACCGUACAAGUGUGAAACGUGUUUUAAACAGUUUGCUCGUUCAUUUGAUUUAAAAAAACAUUUGAGAGUGCACACAGAAAAACAUUUGAGAGUGCACACUGAAGACAGUCCUUACAAGUGUGAAUUUUGUUUUAAACAGUUCGGUGAAGCACGGGGUUUGAAAAGACAUUUAAUACUACAUAGUGGAGAAAAACCUCACGAAUGUGAAAUUUGUUCUAUGCAAUUUUAUAGACUAUUUGAUGUGAAAAAACAUAUGCGAUCGCACACGGGAGAAAAACCGCAUAAGUGUGAAACGUGCUUAAAACAGUUUAUUACUUCAAGUAAUCUGUCAAGACACUUGAAAGUGCACACUGGAGAAAAACCGCACGAGUGUGAAACUUGUUUUAAGCAGUUUAUUACGAUGAGUGAGUUGAAAAAACAUUUAAGAGUGCACACAGGUGAAAAACCGCACACAGGUGAAAAACCGCACAAGUGUGAGACUUGUUUAAAGCAGUUUACUACGAAAAGAGACUUGAAAAGACAUUUGAGAGUGCACACUGGAGAAAAACCGUACCAGUGUGAAAUUUGUUUUAAACCAUUUUCUUGGAGUGGUGAUUUGAAAGUUCACUUGAGAAUGCACACUGGAGAAAAACCACACAAGUGUGACACUUGUUUAAAACAGUUUUUUACGAUAAGUCAUUUAAAUGCACAUUUGGGAACACACAAUCUAGAAAAAUCUAACAAAUGUAAAAUUUGUUUUAAGCAAUUUAGUACGACAAGUGUUUUGUACAGACACUUAAGAAUGCACACUGGAGAAAAACCGUAUAAGUGUGAAAUUUGUUUUAAGCAAUUUGCUCAAACAAGUGAACUGAAAAAACACUUGAGAGUGCACACUGGAGAAAAACCAUACAAGUGUGAAAUUUGUUUAAGACAGUUUGCUGAUGAUAGUAGUUUGAAAGUACACUUGAGAGUGCACACUGGAGAGAAACCGUACAAGUGUGAAACUUGUUUAAAGCAUUUCAUGAGUGCAAGUAAUCUGAAAGUACACUUGAGAGUGCACACAGGAGAAAAACCGCACAAGUGUGAAACUUGUUUAAGGCAGUUUACUACGAAAAAUGAGUUGAAAAAUCAUUUUAGAGUGCACACUGGAGAAAAACCGUACAAGUGUGAAAUUUGUUCUAAACAAUUUUCUCGGAAUGGUGAUUUGAAAGUACACUUGAGAGUGCACACUGGAGAAAAACCGUACAAAUGUGAAACAUGUUUUAGACAGUUUGCUGAGGGUAGUAGUUUGAAAAGACACUUAAGAGUGCACACUAGAGAAAAAACCGCACAAGUGUGAAAUUUCUUUUACAUAAUUUGGUGAAGCAGGUAGUUUAAAAGCACAUUUCAGAUAGCACACUGGAAACAAACCGUACAAGUGUGAAGUGUGACACUUGUUUAAAGCAUUUUAAUACGACAAGUCAUUGAAAACCACAUUUGAAAACGCUCACUGGAGAAAAACCAUAAUAAUAAUACUCUCCCGUUUUAUACCGCUGACGCGGCGUUGGGAUUACAAGCAGAGUAGUCAAACCAUACAAGUGUGAAAUUUGUUUAACCUUCCGGUGUGCACAGUGCGGUACUCCGUGUCGCAUUUUAACACUAGAAAGUCGGAGGGGCCAAUUUGGCUCCUGUUGUGAUUUGAAUUUAUUGCAGUUUUUUUGUUUGAGGCAAUAAUAGUUUCAUAUUUUAUGACUUUUGAGAUUAUAUUUAUGUAUGUUUAUUGUAAAUGGUUACCCUUAUACUGGUACUGAUCAUCUACGUAAUAAAGAUAAACUUGUUGGUGAACACAAAGAUACAAUAAUUGUUGGUGUAGAGGACCAAAUAACGCGUCUUUAUACUACAAAAGUAACUUCAAGACGAUGGCCUAUGUACGUGUUUUAUAAAAUUCUUGACUUGGAAGCAAUAAAUGCAUGGAUUAUUUUUUAUAAAGAAAUAACUGAAAGUAGACUCAGUCUUCAUAAGUUUAUUCUUCGGCUGUGUGAAGAAUUAUGGGCCCAAUACCUUGCCUCCCGAAAUCUGUAACUACGCCUAGCAACACCAGGUCUACCAACAACUAUUACUGUUACUAUCCAAAAUCGACAAAAAUAUCAGUUGAAAAUAUUUUGUAAAGGAAAUCAUAAUUACAAUCAUUGCCGCGGCUGUAACAAGGCAAUGUGUGGCAAAUAUCAAAAACUGCAAACUGUAUGGUGUUCCGAAUGUUUUUGAUAGGCAGUGAAUGUGUUAAACAGUGAAAGUAAAAAAUAAAAUCAGAUUCUAUCGUCUAGAGUAGAUUUAAUUUCUUUAAACUGAGUGUUAAUUGAUUAAAGAACGUGGGGCCAAAAUGAUCCCUUCGGGCUUUCUAGGUAGGUAUGCUAAGCCAGACUUUCUAGUGUUAAAGUUUUAGUUUAGGGGUUUGGGUACGUAUUUUGUACAUGUUAUUCAAAUGGGGAUUCAUUUUUUUCGAAUCCUGAGAAAACUAAUAAGUAUUUUUGAAAAAUUUAAACGCAGAAUGAAAGAUUACAUUAGCGAGGGCCGAAAGUCCCUGAGAACUUCUAUAAUGUUUAUUUUAAUAAGUUACAGGGGUGAAAACUAAGAGAAAGUUUAGUGUGAUUUUUAAUUUCAAAUAUUUCAUUCAAAAUAAACUUUUUAUUUAUUCUAAGGGUCUGUCGGCCCUCGGUAAUAAUUAAUUUAGUCUUUCAUUCUGCGUUUAAAUUUUUCAAAAAUAUUUAUUGGUUUUUUCAGGAUUCGAAAAAAAAUGAACACAAUGUCCGUGGUAAUAUUUUCCAAAUCUAUCUUUGUCAUACAACGCACUCAGUCGAAUAGAAUAUUGUCAGCAUAUUGUCAGUCAGACAGUGACAAUUUUAAAUAUUUGACAUGGCAUCGGGAAUAUUUUGAGUUGUUGAUUAAAUAAUAUUGAUAUAUAGUGUAUUUCAGUGGUUCCCAACCUUUUCAGUCUGGCGACCGACCUUCUGAUGUUUUUUCAUAUUCGCGACCCAUCCAACACCAAUGAUUGAACACAUAAUAUGUACGUUAUUCAGCUACUGUAAGAGCCACGCCGCGACCCACCUGAAAUCCGCCCGCGACUCACUAGUGGGUCGCGACCCACCGGUUGCGAAACGCUGGUGUAUUUGAUUAAUAAUUGAUUUAAUACGUGAACUUAAUACGUAUUGUGUAUUAUUUGUGGAAGAUCCAAGCAGAGAAUACAUCAGGAUAAUAUAUUCUGUGAUCCAAGUAUUUUGUUGUUAAAGAUGUUCAAAAUUGUAAGCGUUCCAUAGUAACAAUAUAUUAUUAAAAAAUCACUUUAACACUUUUUCUCUUUUCUCGAUAGUAUUAGUUUUUGUUGUACAUAUAAAUUAUUACAAUCACUGAAUACAUAGUGAAAAAAUUAUCACAUUUAUUAACUGAAUUAAUAAUUUGCAGUUAUACAAAUAGCAGUUAUCCAAGAACAUUCAAAAAAGCCAUCUCUUUAAGUUAAUGAUGACAUUUUCAAGUAGAAUGACAUUCUAGUAAUGUUUACAUAUCCAUACCAGUGUGAAUUUUACUACACGUAAUUAUCCAUGUAAAGACAGAAAAGGUAGGGAUAGCCGUAAAAUAUUUGCGAAUUAUGUACCCAUGGCCUUAAUAAGUUUUACCAAAAUUCUUUCGUACACGCCACUAUCUAUUUAGAUAUGUGCGAGUCACUAUCUUUAAAAUACUACCUGGGACUAUUGCAUUUUCUGAAGUGUUUUAUCAGUUUGAUAUUGAGCGUUGAAGUAGAGUUGUUCAAUAUUUUUUUUUUGCAAAAAUUAAAGCGAGAAAAAAUUCAGUUAAUUAAAUUCAGUAAAUUAAAGUGAGAAAAAAUGUCUGUUUAUAAGACUAAUUCAAUUAUUUUGUAUUUAGGUAUUUUACUUUUAGGAUGUUUGUGAAAUUUUUUUUGUAGUAAACGUUUUCUUUGUUCAAAUUAGAUUGUAAGGCUUUGGCCACACGGGCGACUUUUUACGGCGCCCAUUAGUUUGACUACCUCCUCCACCAAUUUUAGAUGAAAUGAUUUCAUCUAAAAUUGGUGGAGGAGGUAAUCAAACCAAUGAGCGCCGUAAAAAAUUGCCCGUGUGGCCAAAGCGUAAGACUGACUACUCGUUUUUUUUAUUUUGCACCUGAGUCGUUGCAUUAUGAAGUCAUACAAUAAAAUGUUAAAAAUAAUGCCUUUUUUGUUAUUCUAACAAAUUUUUGAUAUUUUAACAUAAAAUACCGUUUUUAUAUGUGCAGCCUUAUGUACCGCAAUGUACUCAUGUAAAGGUACGAUUCCGACAACUUCGGCAGUUACAGUUGUCACGACAGACUUCAUUACUUUGCACUGUUAAUUUGUAUAAUUAUUAGCAACUGACGUUCUGUCGGACAGCAGUUUCAGUCAGAUGUCGGAAUCAGUCUCGUACAAAAUAAUGGUGCAAAGUGGUGACGUCUGUCACGGCGACAACUGCAACUGACGUCUGCAGUCGUUGUCGGAACCGUACCUUAACUCUACGAGAUGUGACUACCGAAGGGUUAAGACGGUUUAUUAAGACAAGUCAAUUGAAAAAACAUUUAAGACUGCACAGUGGAGAAAACCGCACAAGUAUCAAGUAUGAAGCCUGUUAAAAGCAGUUUAUUACAACAAGUCAUUUAAAUGCACAUUUGGAAAGACACAGUCUAAAAAAACCUAUCAAAUGUGAAAUUUGUUUUAAGCAAUUUGCUACACCAAGUGAAUUGAAAGUACACUUAAGAGUGCACAUUGCAGAAAAACCGUACAAGUGUGAAACUUGCUUACAGCAAUUUACUGCAGCAAGUGAAUUGAAAGCACACUAGAAAGAAACCGUACAAGUGUGAAACUUGUUUUAAACAGUUUAGUGUAACAAGUAAAUUGACAGUGCACACUGGAGAAAAACCAUACAAGUGUGAAAUUUGUUUUAAGCAAUUUGCUACAUUGGUGAACUGAAAGUACACAUGAGAGUGCACUGUGACGUAGUUGUCUUUUUACGCGAUUGACUCUACUAUUUUAUUUAUUUAUAUCUUUAGGCACUAAGUUUAAUUUAAAUAAAGGAAGACUUACUUAUAUUAUUUUAUUUACAUCACUUAUUUAUUUUAAUAAUUACAAAUAACACCAACUAACACAUCUAAUUAUUUACAAACUCAAAUUUAUGAUUUAAUUAACUAAACAUAAUAAUUCCGAUAACUAAUAAAUACAUUUCAUAUCUUCGAUUCGAAUACAUUAACUUACGCGACGCGCUUCGAUGAAUGAAUGACUGCCUGUGCUCGAAUCUCGGUUCUAUAUAUACUUCGGCAGCGGUCGUCUCGCACGCCGUGGAUAGGAAUGGUAUUGUCUCGUAACGCCGAGAAGCUUCGGGAAGAAAUAGGCCAAUUCGUGAGCGGACUAAAUAGUGUCACAUUGCCCCCUCCUUAAAAGAUGGUUCCUCCUGGAACCUUGUCGGGACGCGAAUUUACAAAACCUAUACCAUUUCAGUCAUAGCAGCGACUGAAUUCGAAUAGGGUUUGUAUGCAGAAUAUUAGUUACAUAUCCUAUACCAUUUCAGUCAUGACAGCGACUGAAUUCGAAUAGGGUUUGCAUGCAGAAUAUUAGUUACAUAUCCUAUACUGUUUCAGUCAUGCAAGUAAAACUAAUCAAAUAUUUACUUAGUGCAUUUAUUAUUAUAUCAUAAACUUUAGAUAUGUUUUGAAAAUUAAAAUUAAUAAUAUAUAUUUCGAUAAUAUUAAAAAUUAAAAACAAAUGAGUAAUUACUAAUGUACGAAUAUAUGUAUACAGUAUGUCCCUGUAAGUUGGAACCAUAUGGAAAACAGGUCGAUUUUUAUUUUUAAAUUAUAAUUUUUUUGGCAUAUAUUUCAUAGGUACUAGUGACGUCGUCCAUCUGAGCGUGAUAACGUAAUCGAUGAUUUUUUUAAUAGGAAUAUGGGUCGUGUGGCACCUCAUUUGAAAGGGUGUUUAAUUCUCUAUUCAGUAAUAUAAACACAAAUAUCAUUAUUUAUACAGGGUGGCAAAAAAACAAUUUUUGAAUUAUAUUGAUUGACGAAAAAAGAAGAAUGUAUGCAAUUUACUUUAAUCAAAAUACUUUCUAUCGCUGUCAGAAAAUAGAAAAAACUGUUUAUUUGGCAAAUAAACAUUGGUUUUUUGCUUAAAUUAAAUGUUCAAACUGCCAAAAGUUACGCGGGAGGCUGUUUGUGAUUUAAUUUAAGCAAGGCGGAAUGUUUAUUUGUGAAAUAAACAUUUUUUUCUCUAUUUGUUGAUAGCAGUAAAAUGUAUUUUGAGUUAAA